AAGGCCGCGAAGGAUAAUCUGAUUCUCAUUGCCUCGGCGAAGAGAAGAAGGUGAAGGGGGAGAUUGUGCUAUUUCUUCGCCUUAUUUCGUGCCCAGCCAGAGCUAUAAGAAAUGGCAGACACCUUUCUUUUCACCUCCGAAUCUGUAAACGAGGGGCACCCAGACAAACUAUGCGACCAAAUCUCCGACGCCAUUCUUGACGCAUGCCUUGCUCAGGACCCUGACAGCAAAGUUGCUUGCGAGACCUGCACCAAAACGAACAUGGUGAUGGUCUUCGGUGAAAUCACCACUAAAGCUAAUGUCGAUUAUGAGAAGAUCGUUCGUGAUACCUGUCGUUCCAUCGGUUUCAUCUCCGAUGAUGUUGGCCUCGAUGCCGACCAUUGCAAUGUUCUCGUGAACAUAGAGCAGCAGUCUCCUGACAUUGCUCAGGGCGUUCAUGGCCACUUCACCAAGCUCCCUGAGGAGAUUGGCGCCGGUGAUCAGGGGCAUAUGUUUGGUUACGCCACGGAUGAGACCCCUGAGUACAUGCCUCUCAGCCAUGUCCUGGCAACCAAGCUCGGAGCUAAGCUCACUGAGGUCCGCAAGAAUGGAACCUGCUCCUGGCUGAGACCCGAUGGGAAGACACAGGUCACUGUUGAGUACCGCAACGACAACGGAGCCAUGGUUCCGAUUCGAGUUCACACAGUCCUCAUCUCCACCCAACAUGAUGAAACUGUCACCAACGAUGAGAUUGCUGCUGACCUCAAGGAACAUGUCAUCAAGCCGGUGAUCCCCGAACAAUACCUGGAUGAGAAAACCAUUUUCCAUCUCAAUCCAUCCGGUCGUUUUGUCAUCGGUGGUCCUCAUGGCGACGCAGGCCUCACCGGCAGGAAGAUCAUUAUCGACACUUAUGGCGGCUGGGGAGCUCAUGGUGGCGGAGCCUUCUCCGGAAAGGAUCCAACGAAGGUCGAUCGCAGCGGUGCUUACAUUGUCAGGCAAGCCGCUAAGAGUGUGGUGGCCAGCGGGCUUGCGAGGCGCUGCAUUGUUCAGGUCUCUUACGCCAUUGGUGUGCCGGAGCCUCUGUCAGUUUUCGUUGAUACCUAUCGCACCGGCAAGAUUCCGGACAGGGAAAUCCUCAGUAUAGUGAAGGAGAAUUUUGAUUUCAGGCCCGGUAUGAUUAGCAUCAAUCUUGAUCUGAAGAGGGGUGGCAAUGGCAGGUUCUUGAAGACGGCUGCUUACGGUCAUUUUGGCAGGGAUGAUGCUGACUUCACAUGGGAGGUGGUUAAGCCUCUCAAGUAUGAGAAGACCGUGGCUUAAGACUGUUGAGCAAGACGAUGGCGGAUUAUGUUCUCAUGGUUUAUCACUUCUCUUCUUCUUGUUCCUCUGAAUUUCAUACUUUUUUUUGUGUUUGGUUUUUUGCUUGAAACUGGGAUGUUAAUUGCA